CCAAAGCUCCCUCCCUCCCUCUCUCUCUCUCUCUCUCUCUCUCUCUGCUCCUCGAUCGAGUAUUCCCUUUCUUCGAUCGAGGAUUUUUACCCUAAUUCCAGAAACUAGGGUUUUAUUCUUCUUCGAUUUCGAUCUUCUGCAUUAAGAUUUCUCAGGAAAUGUAUAAAGAGCAGGGUUCGAAAAUGUCAUCUAGAUAAGAAAGAAAGCUGUUGAAAGAGUUCGGGAUGGCUCCAACGAGAAAAUCUAGAAUCAAGAAUAAGCGGUUUGCUAAAGUCAAUGAGGUGUCUCCUGUUAAAGAUGGAGACCAUGCAAGGAAAAGUAAUGCAGGGAAGAGGAAGUCCUCAGACAAGUCCGGAUCUCAAUGGAGCAGGGAAGAACUGGAGUGCUUCUAUGAAGCCUACCGUAAAUAUGGGAAAGAUUGGAAGAAGGUGGCUAGUGUUAUACGUAGCAGAUCUGUAGAUAUGGUGGAGGCCCUUUACAGUAUGAACAGGGCUUACCUAUCCCUUCCAGAUGGAACGGCAUCUGUUGCUGGACUAAUUGCAAUGAUGACUGAUCAUUACAAUAUGCUGGAAGGGAGCGAUAGUGAACGAGAAAGCAAUGAUGGACUAGGAAUAGCUUGCAAGCCUCAAAAGCGUUUUCAGGGAAAGCCCUUGAUCAACAAAUCAAAAGGAUUGGGUGGACCCUUGCCAGAUUUGUUUCAGUCAGUUUCAACUUACGGGUGCUUGUCUUUAUUGAAGAAGAAACGAUCUGGAGGUAGCCGACCUCGUGCUGUUGGGAAAAGGACUCCCCGCUUCCCUGUUUCAUAUCUAUAUGGUAAAGAUGAGAGGUCAAAGAUUACUUCACCUGAUAAAGAUCUGAAAUCAAAGGUAGAUGCUGCUGAUGAGGAGGUUGCCCAUGUGGCAGCGUUAGCAUUGGCGGAAGCCUCACAAAGAGUAGGCUCACCUCAGGUUUCUCGAACACCAAGUAGACGAACGGAUAUUAUGGGUGAAAGGAAGUGUGUUGAAUCAGAGAUGUCCAGUUCUAAGGUUAUUGGUAGUGCAAUUGAUGAAAACUGGUACGAAGGUAGUCCAGAAAGUAGGGAAACUGUAAGUGGAGAUUUGGUGAAGGACACUAGUUGUCUAAUGGACAGAGAAGGUGCUGGGGUCAUGGAAAUUCAACGGAAGCCUAAAAGGUUUCAAGGAAAGAAACCAAAAGUUCAAGGGAUUGAAAACAAUCAUUUUGGUGACGUAAAGGAAGCUUGUAGCGGCACUGAAGAAGGGCUUGCUUUGAGGGCUGUCAAGGAUGAAGUCGAAACAGAGGUUACAGAUAGGAAAGUGCCACGGUCCUCUCCUCAGGGUCCUAGGAAGAGAAGCAGGCAGUUGUUCUCUGUAGAUGAAAAUUCAGCCUUAGAUGCCUUACAAACUUUGGCAGACCUAUCUUUAAAUAUCCUGGUGCCAGACUCUGCUAUCGAUUCUGAGUCAUCUGUCCGGGACACAGAAGAAAAAAGAAAAGUUGAGAAGUCUAGUGCACCUGAAGCUAUGUCUGCAAAACAUGAAAGAAAUAAACCAAAAGUCUCCCGGAAGAAGGAAAAAAAGUUUGCUGAGGGUAACAUCAGUGCUCUUAAAAAACAAGAAAAGGAUUCAUCUCUUCGUGUUAGCACUCUUUCUGAAGGAAAGCAAGGAGCUUACGAGCCUGCUAAUAAAAUGCAGAAAAGAAAAAGGAAGUCCUUAGCAGCAGCUUUACAGAUCCCAGAAGCUGAGGUUAAUAGUGAUUCUCACCUGAAGGAAUCGCAGAGGACUGGGGCCUCAGCGGAAGGGAAGAGGCCAUCCAGUAAAGCUAAAUGUGUUAGUGAUAUUGUUCCCCUGCCAAAACUAGGGAAGUCAGUAAGAUCUCCAGAGCUGACAAGUACUGAUCUGGGAAUGCCAGCAAAAGAUUUAGCUGAAUCUACUGUACAAGUUUCUUUGCCAAACCAGGUUAAUUUACUAACCAAACUCAGGAGUAGGCGUAAGGGGAAUCUACAGAAAGCAGUGGUUCGGAAGGAGACAAGGUCUUCCGAGAAUGUUGGAAAUGAUCAACCUGAUAAAUCCUCACAUAUGGUCCAUCACAGGGAAAUUGAUCUUAAGAACAAACUUUUUCGUUGCUUAUCAUCAAAAGCACUGCGCAGAUGGUGUGCUUUUGAGUGGUUCUAUAGUGCAAUUGACUAUCCAUGGUUUGCUAGAAGUGAAUUCGUGGAGUACCUAAAUCAUGUUGGAUUGGGCCAUGUUCCCCGUCUAACUCGUGUGGAAUGGGGUGUAAUACGGAGUUCUCUUGGGAAACCUCGGCGAUUAUCCAAACAAUUUCUACGGGAAGAAAGGGAAAAACUUGAACAAUAUCGUGAAUCAGUUAGAACACAUUAUACUGAAGUGCGUGCUGGUGUUACAGAUGGACUUGCAACAGAUCUAGCUCGUCCUUUAUCAGUUGGACAGCGUGUUAUUGCUUGUCAUCCCCGGAGAAGAGAAAUUCAUGAUGGCAGUGUACUUACUGUUGACCGUAAUAGGUGCAGGGUUCAAUUUGAUCAACCUGAAUUAGGUGUCGAGUUUGUCAUGGAUAUUGACUGCAUGCCUCUAAAUCCACUGGAAAGUCUGUCGGAAGCUCUUAGAAGUCAGCAUGGUGCAGUUGAUAAAUUCCAUGAGAAACUCAAUGACCUAAAACUAGAACCUGAGUUGAAAAAUGAAGGGAGUAUGAAAGUUCAUCUGGCUGAACAUUUGGAGAAUCUAGAUGGGCUCUCUAAUGUUGCUUUAUCAAAUUAUCCAGUCAAUACCUUAAUGAAGCAGGCUAAGGGCGACACACUUGAUGCCGUGUUACAGGCUAAAGCUGCUGCAAAAGAAAUUUUUGCGGUACAAGCUACAUGCAGACAACCUGUUACCUUGGCUCAAAUUCAAACAAGGGAGGCUGAUAUAAGAGCUCUUUCGGAUUUGACUCGUGCUCUCGAUAAGAAGGAAGCAUUGCUGUUAGAGCUGAAGCACAUGAAUGAGGAAGUAUUGGGAAACCAAAAAGAUGGAGCUUCUGUCAUGGAUCUGGAUCACCAAUUCAAGAAGCAGUACGCCACAGUACUUGUGCAGCUAAAAGAUGCUAAUGACCAGGUUGGUUCUGCUCUUCUUUAUCUGAGAAAACGUAAUACCUACCAUGGGAACUCCAUGACAUGGCUUGACAGACCCAUGCCCAAUUCAGGACACGUGCCACUGAGUUUGUUGGAUCCUUCUGCUUUGCUCACUCAUGAUUCAGGAUCUCAUGUUGUUGGAAUUGUUGAGAGCUCAAGAAAGAAAGCGAGGGCAAUGGUAGAUGCAGCUAUGCAGGCGAUGUCAUCUUCGAAGGAAGGGGAAGAUGCUUUUCAGAGGAUUGGAGAGGCUUUAGAUACGAUGCAUAAUAACCAUUCUGGAGCCAAUUCUGGUGUGUCAACUUUGAAAUAUUUUAGUCCAGAUAUAGGACAUGGUGUUUUGGCUACUUCAUGCACAUCGGAGCGAAUGAUGGCAGUUUGUGCAGCUGAACCAGAAGAGAAUCAUGCUUCUGAUGGGAAUGGAGAGCAACUUCCAUCAGAGCUUAUGUCAUCUUGUGUUGCCAGUUUUCUCAUGAUUCAGACAUGCACAGAGCGACAGUAUCCUCCAGCUGAGGUGGCCCAGAUAUUAGACGAUGCCGUUACCAGCUUGCAGCCGCGUUGUUCUCAGAACCUUUCGAUAUACAGAGAGAUACAGCAGUGCAUGGGAAUUGUCAGGAACCAGAUACUGGCACUCAUCCCAACUUGAGGCUUCCAUUCUUCUGAUUGAGCUCUUUACCAUGUAAAAGGAAAAGAAAAGAAUGUGCUAACUGAGAGCACUUUUUUUUUUUUUUUUGUCAUUUUGGUUUUCUUUGGCCUGAUUUCAUUUUAGUCUACUUGUCCUUUUGAGAGAUGUGAUGUUUCACAUGUUAAUAGUAAAAGGAAUAGUCUCCGUCACUGCUUAAAUUCCAUUGCAAACAUAACUCUUUGUAUGAUUAUUUUUUUAAAAAUUUUUACACACCCCAUGUGGGCACUCGAACCUA